AAGUUUUGAUCAUUGAAUUUCGCCAAACAAUAUAUUAUGUAUUUCCGUAUUUUAUUCAAUUAAUAUUUUCUGAUAAUAAUUCUUAUUAUUAUAUAUAAUACACUGACAAUAAAAUAAGUAUAUAUCUACAAUUAAGUAAUAACGGAUUAAGUUUUAAGUUUACUUCUGAAGAAAAUAAAUCUUUAAAUAUAGUUUUAAAUUACACUUUAUAAAAUGAGUGUAAAGACAUUUAAUGGCAAAUUAGAUAGAUACAAUGGUGUCACAGUAGAUUCUGAAAUUGAAAAAUGUGAUUGCGAGAAAUUUUCAAACCAACUUUGUGCAUCACUUCAGAAAUGGUCUGAAGAAAAAAGGAGAUGCAUUUGGUUCAGAGUUUAUAUAAAGGAUGCUGCAUGGGUUCCUCUGCUAGCUAAGGAGGGUUUUGACUUCCACCACUCUAGGAACAGUUUUGUGAUGAUGUAUAAGUGGUUACCCACUGACAGUACAUCUAAUCUCCCUCCAGCCUGUCACACAAACAUAGGAGUUGGUGGAAUAGUAUUCAAUGACAAAAAUCAAAUAUUAGCUGUUACUGAAAUGCACACUGAAUUUCUACAUUGGAAACUUCCAGGUGGCUAUGUCGAAAGAGGCGAAGACUUAAAAGAUGCUGCUAUAAGAGAAGUAAAAGAGGAAACAGGCAUUGACUCCGUUUUUGAAACAUUGGUGACAUUUAGACAUGCUCACGACAUGAUGUUUGAAAAUUCAGAUAUAUAUGCAGUAGUGUGUUUAAAGGCAACCUCUGACAUUAUAACAAAGUCCGAUAUAGAAAUUAAAGACUGUAAAUGGAUGGACAUAGAAGAGUUUUUGAAUGAUCCACAUGUACAUGACUUUAAUCGCUUCUUAGUAAGACAAGCUAUGGAUUUAAAACAAAGAAAACUUAAAUUGAACUUAAAUAAAAGUACACUAAAAAUAAAUAAAUGGUCAAAAGAAAUGACUUCGCUUGUUUUAGAAGAUUUUUAAAAUUACAAACCUACCUGUAAUGUACUGUAAAAAAUCUUUUAUUUAAUUAUUAUUGAAUAAUGACAAAGUUUUUAGACAAUGACGAUAUUCCAUAAACACAGAUAUUGUAGGUAAAUACUAGUACAAAUUAUUGAUUAUGAUUUUGGCAGAGGUGGUAUGCAGUUAUAUUUAUAAGAGGUAGAACAAGCUAGUCGUAGAUAGGGGUAACUAUUUUUAGUACAUUAAAAAUUUAAAAUUUUUCUAUAAUUAUAUGUAUAGCAAAUAUCCUAGAAUCAAUUAUGCAGCGUUUUAAUGUUUAUUUAGAGGUGUCAUAAUUUAAAAUUCUUGAAAUUUUGGAACCCCAAAAGACUUCCGAUUACAAUAGCCACAAAAUUAAUAUACGAUU